UAUUACUGAAGUCCAUAUCUAGUUCACCCAGUCUUCCCUACUGUGUGCUCCAUGCUUUGAGACUAGGAGGACCUCGGUGUUCUGAAAUGAAGAUGGAGGGAGUGGGAAAAGCAGAGGAACUUGUUGAUUCGGAAGUUCCAACAAAGACUUCUGAAAAGCAAGAGAUGGUUCCUGAUGAAGAUGGACCUAUAGAACUGGAGACACAAACUCAGAGAGACACAGUGCCCACUGCAGCAGAGCCUGGGGUGCUCUCUUCCAUGCCUUGCUUGCUGAUGGAACUGAGGCGAGACUCCUCGGAGUCUCAGCUAGCAUCUACAGAGAGUGACAAGCCAACAGGUGGCCGAGUUUACGAGAGUGACUCUUCCAAUCAUUGCAUGCUUUCCCCUUCUUCCAGCGGGCAUUUGGCUGACUCAGACACCUUGUCUUCCACAGAAGAGAAUGAGCCUUGUCAAGCAGAAGCAGCUGUGGAGGGAGACCCUUCUGCGGUGUCUGGGGCUGCAGUUGGGAGGAAAUCCAGGCGAUCCAGAUCCGAAAGUGAAACUUCAAUGAUGGCUGCCAAGAAAAACCGACAGUCUAGUGAUAAGCAGAAUGGUCGAGUUACCAAGGUAAAAGGUCACCGGAGCCAAAAGCACAAAGAAAGAAUCCGGCUGUUAAGACAGAAGCGGGAGGCAGCUGCUCGCAAGAAGUACAACCUGCUGCAGGACAGCAGUACCAGCGACAGUGACCUGACGUGUGACUCCAGCACAAGCUCAUCAGAUGAGGACGAAGAGGUUUCAGGGAGCAGCAAGACAAUCACUGCAGAGAUACCAGCUGGCUUCAGUCGUGCUGGGGGAUCUGGAGGAGCGACCAGGGAAAUUCCAGGAUUGCUUGACAGGGGCACCGUGUGGGAUAGGAACUGCAUAGGCAAUGUCCUGGAAGAGGCCAUGAACUGCUUUGCCGAGAUGCAGAGGCAGACAGAGGAGAAAUUUCGCAUGUGGAUAGAAAAGUUAACCCGUCUUGACACGGAUGAAGAAAGCAAGCAACAACUGGAGCCCAGGGAACCUAAAAUCCAACUAGUUGGCCAAAGAAUCCCCCCUACCACACAGUCAGGGGCUUUGAUACAGAUGCCUGAGAGCCAAGUACUUCCGCAGCAGUCGUUUAAUUCUUACAUGGGUUACCAAAAUGUUGAUGCUACGCUAGAGUUUCCAGCAACUUUUAAUAACAAUUUUCCACCUAUCUUUCCAGAGAAUGGGAAUAUUGCAGAGCCUGAUCUGAAUAAAUAAUAAACUAAAAAAAAAAUCUCAUUUUAAAAAUCGAUCAUUGCAAUCUUGAUGUUACUUUGGAUUAUGCUAAAAAAAAAACCAAGAUUUGCUUUUCUCAUUGUAUAUAUGUUUUAUUUUUCUCUUGGGUUUUAUUGCCAUGGAAUAAUUUUAUUUAUUUUUUUUAAUAGAGAAUAUAUAUGUAGUUUAAAAAAAAGAACCCACAGUAUACCCAUGUGCAUGUGCCAGCACACACACACAAACAUCUUUAAAGGUGUGUGGGGGAACCCUAAAGCUUUCAUCACCAACUUGGGAAAAUAUAACUUAGAAUUCGUGUUUAGAUACUCCCAAAUCAGUAGAUGUAUGUUUGCUACAAGAGAAGCAUUCAGACUAUUCAUCCAAAUGCUGGUUUUGCAUGUUAAAACAUUUAUAUAAGGAAGUAAGUUUUGUAUUUAGAAAUACAAAGUACCCUAGAGAACCAGACUACAUACAGUCCUAUAACUUUUCCUUAACUGUCUGUUUACUCCCAAGUUUUGCAGCUUGACCCUGUCACAUAUCAGCUUUUUCCUUCUUCAUGUUUAGGCAGAAGUAAUAAGUAAGCUUACCCUAAAGAUAUAGCUAUGUGGAACAAAUGUGCACAAUUGAUUAUUUUUUUUGGUCUCCCAUUUAGUAGUUCAUUUUUUGUCCAGAGUUUUUAUUAACAUCACUGCUGUGUUGCACAUGGCACGUUUAUGGAAGCAGCUGUCUGAUACUGUGUGCACAAACACACACAUGCUUUAUGUGUUUGGCUUGGGUGCAAGUCAUCUCCUCUAAUUUUAGGUGUGUGGUUUGCUGCUCUGUGACUCUCUUGAGUCAGUGGGAAGCCAUAAGCACCCAUAGAGGGUAUCUCCUGGGAGCGAUAAGCACCUACAGAGGGUACCUCCUGGCCCUGUCUUGCUCUUCCAUUAGUUGUGUAAAGCUCCCUUACAAACAAUCUGGGAUAGGUAAUUUUUAGCUAAAGUUAGGCGAGAUGAAUCACACCCAACUGCGUGUGCAUGCAUGACCUGUGCAUGCAAAGCAGUGCUGCUUCCUUCUGUAUAUAAAGUCAAGCUGCAUCCUUCAUGCUGGAAUACAGAUAGUCCUGUCAGUCCUAAGAGAAGCAGCCGUCGGUGGAUGAACUGAGCCUUGGCACAAGAAUUUAAAGGAAGAUUUGACAAAUUACUGAACACUGGUGGUCUCAAGGCAGGGGUUGCUUGUCUAAGUGAGACAGCAAUAGCUUCUUCUUAACCAUAUCUGAAUGCCACUGAAAUAAUUAUUUACUUGUGAUGGGGGAUGCCAGAACAUUUGUUUCAUUUAAUUAAUACAAUAACUAGCUAUUUUGAGGAUUUUUUAAAUACUGAUAGUUACCCUGAAUAGGCAGGCUUGAAACUGUGAUGUUUAAUGUAGGAUUAAUUUAAACUAUGUAUUAGAAAUCUCUAUUUAAUUCUUACUAUUAUUACUACAUGCAGGGAUUUUUUUGGUCACCUGUCUAUUAAGACCUUUCUUCAUGUGAAGUAGCUUCCCCAUAGCUACUAAAAAUGUGUAUGUAUCAUCAGUUGGAAUUUGCUAAAAGUUUCUAAUUAAAAUUAUAAUACUGGAAAUUUAAAGUCUUUGCAUAGACAUAGUUUAAGUAAAGAGAACGCUAUAGCUUCUCCUUUAGCUCUGUUACUCUACUUUUAAACAGCAGUCACUUUUUUCUUAUUAUUGUACAGUAACUCUUUUCCUUCCUGUUGGAAAUAAUCACUGUGUCUUCUCUAGGGCUGAUAUUUUUUUCCUCCCUGAAGUCAGUGGGAGUGUUUCCAUCAAUUUAUAUAGGGGAUUGAAUCAAACCUGUAACAGGAACUCAAUAAGUGCUUUUUGUUACCAGUAUAAUACUAACACUGGCAUUUUAACAUUAAUUUUGGCCUAGACUUAGAGUAUUCUGUGUUUUUUUCUAACAUAUGUGUUGCCUUCAUUAAAAAAGAUAGGUUAGAGAGCUGCUUAAUUUUCAGAGUAACUGAAAAACUAUAAAGGAGCUAAUUUUUAAGUACUGGAAUAGAUUAGUUACAGAUCACCUUCAUGCCUAAUUUUGAUACAAAGAUUUUGAUAUGGACUUGUAAGAAAACUCCCUUGUCUGACAUUGUGUGCAUUUUAAACUAAACUAUAGGUAAAAGUGAAACUAGUUGUUUAAAUGUUUUAUUGCAAUUUAAUAAAUUUGUUCUCAUCUGUUUCCAAUUUAAGAUCCUUCGGAAGAGGAUUUCCUGAUUUAAAAAAAAAUAAUAAUAUCCUUCUGGUAUUCAUAGAUUUGAAAUAAAGAGAUAUAUAUCUACUCAUACACACCCUUAUGGUGAUGAUAAGAGCAGUGUAUUUUAAAGCAUGACAACUUCACAAGUCCUCCCGUGCAUGCAGAAGCAGCUUUUUGCAGUGACUGGUUUCUUUUAAUAUGUAAGGGUCACUUAACUCAGUAUGUCUGUAAGCAUGCCCUUAACCUUUUUUUAUAAAAUAGUAUAUAUGGAGCAAGUACAUAUUCAAAAACAAAUUGUGUAAGGAGAUCAGUUGAACUUAUUUCUAAGACUGAAACAGACCUUUAUGUAUUGGUCUUGUAAAUGGAUAAUAACUUUGUUAGGGGUGUAGCUGGUGAAACUUCUGCCAACUUUCAAUGUCUCGGUUAGGUUAUGUUUAAAAAAAAAACCCCAAAAUAUUGAAAUCAUUCAUUGUAUUAAUAGAUUAAAAUCUGCAUUUGGUUACUGCAGAGAAAGUUUAAAACUUUGAAACAUUUUUAUCCAUUACUGUUAUUUGUUGUUUUUAAUGCAAGAAGCUGUGAAUGUGAAAGAACAAGCAGAGGAUUACAGCAGUCAAGCACACAGGCUUUAAAGCUGUAGUCUUUCCAUGGCAAACUUAUUCCGAGGCACCCAGAAGACUGAGGGAAUAAUUAAUAUUAGAUAUAAUUUUACUUUCAUUUCCCCAUAAAAGCUAAAAUAAGAACACCUGUGCAAGACUGUUCAGCUGUCAUUCAGCUCCUUUGAAACUGAAAAUACAUGUUGAUUUACAUGGUUGACUGUCUGAUCCCUUAGCUUCUUUUCCAUGUAAAGAAGUGUGCUUCUCCUUCCAGAGGCUGAGAGGGGAACCCUGCCUUUCUGUUGCUCAGGUGUAGUAGAACCCACCUGUAGAAAUACUUGGCAGGCUGUGAAAUUAAACAGGAGCAUCUCUCUUGUUGCUUUGCGCUAUGAAUUUCAGCAGUGCAGAGCACUGAAGAAACCAGCCUUGUGAUACCAAUACUAGUGAUGAGUCUAUUUUAAAUGUGUUCAACAGCCUUUGGCAUCACUUUGAGAAAACUUCUUCCUAAUACAAUAUUUCAGAUUUGUGAGGGGGUGUUUUAGGUUGGUUUUUUUCCUCUCCUCCUGGAAAUAUUUUGCUAUAUGGUAUGGCUGCAGUUAAGAUUGUAAUUUUCUUAUUUAGCCUAGAAUUUUUCAGGGAGUUAAAAUUUCUCCAGCUCAAAUUUUAACGUAGUUAUUAAUCUUACUCAUUCUAUAUUACAUUAAAGCAUUCUUGCCUCAUUUAAGACUAUUUUAUCUGAAGGAAACUCUUCUACUUUUCAAUCCAGAGUUACAUUUUGAAUGUAUAUUUAUGCUUACAUCUCAACAAAUUUCUUCACUAAAUUUAACAAGUAGAGCAGAAAUCAGUAGGAGUUUUGCACACACUUGAAUAAUCCCAGAUGAGAAUUUAGAGUUUCUCUAAUCACCCAGGGUGAUUAGAGUAAAGAAACAUUCUGGUUUGCUGAAAUAAUUUUACUUCUUUUGUGGUUUGAAAGACUAAAAGCAUCUAGCUAGAUCAGCUGGUGUAGACUGGUAUGAUUCCAGGGAAGAUGGUUCCAGUUUAUACUGAACUGGCUUAUUAAAAUUCCUGUAUUGCCGCUUAUAAUAUACAUUGAUAUGUUUUCAAUGUGGCAGCUGUUAGCAUGGGAAUCAUUGGGCACCCAUGCAGCUGCAGAGUUGGGGGUUUGGUAGCAGGUGAAACACAGCUACUUUGUUAGUAUUUUUUGUGCAAGUGCAAAAGAACUAGGUCUUUUAUAUAAAAAGACUCAAAUGCCACUAAAUGUCAAACUGACAGUUCAGUAAAUAAAAAAUUAAAGGAUCUGCUCCUAGAAUUAGGCCCUAUGUAGGAGUCUUUGGAAGUCCAGGGGCUUUAAUGUGCAGUAUUUUUGUAGGCUUGGCUGCAGGUUCUUCCCCAGGCGUUUGUGCCACUUCCUCCCCUCAAGUGGGGUCUAUAGGACUUUCCAUAUUUCACACACCAUUUUAUCUGAGGGUUUCAGGUGUUGCUUCACAUGAUUCUAACAGAACAUCUGAAUUUUCAGAUUUUAUUUAAGGUAAUAAUACCACAUAAAUUCAAGUAAAAGCAGUGAGACUUGAUUCAGUGUUUCUGUUGGAAAAAAUUACUGAGCAGGGGAAAAAAAAAGAAGUAUCUUAAACCUUUCAGGCUUACUACUCUUCAGUGUUAUUUUUAACAGUAUUAGGACAAAUAAUUCAGGCAGAAAUAUACAUCCCAAUUUUUUUAAGUUCAUAGUCUCUUUUAGUGUUUUUGCAAGCUUGUUAGCUUAUUUUUAUCUGAGCUGCUAGAGUUAAGACUGGAGGACCAAUCUUAACUUCAAUGAAAUGGGAUUAUAUUUGGCAGGUUUUUUACAAAUUGAAAUGUAUUUAUUAUCACUGAUUUCUCUCGUUAAUAUAUUUUUUCUCUUCGUGUAUCCACUUACUGUAAAUCCCUUUUUUUAAGAAAAAAAAAAAGGUAGUAUUGCAAGGGCAUUAAGAAGUUAAAUCUUAGCCCCAUUAAAACUGGUAGUAAAUUUCUGCUAGUUUCAAUGGAGCUAGCAUUUCACCUCAUUAGAAACUGAAUUUAUUCUGCAGUUUGGGGUCAGAGAAUCCUUUAGCUGAUUUUAAGAGGAGUCUUUGCAUGAUGACUGUGUGUAAAUCAGGCCAGUCAAGUCGAUGUGUUUAAAAUAAUCAAGGUCUGCACUGUGACCACGGUGGCUGCAUUUGGCAGCAUUACCAGAAAUGUGCUGUGUAAUUUGUACUGUUAAGCUCAAAUAUUCAGGCUGAUUGAUAGAGAUGGACAGUACCUUGCACAACAUGAAGCUAGAAACUGGUUGUUCUCCCGAACUGGGUUAGUCUCCUCGUGUUAGACCAGCAAAAUGAAGGCACAUGGAAAACUGGCUUGUGAACUUAGAAGUGAUUUUGAGUUAAACCUCGCAGGGUGAUGGAGCAGUGGCUCAGACUGCACCAGAGAAAGUUUUGGCAUUGAGGCUGGACCAAUCCCUCCACAGGAAGCUGCAGUUCGGACUUGCAGAAGUGUGAUGUUUUCGGGGGAGGGGGAAGUUGUGUAUGGCCUGCAUGUUUGCCUCCUUUUUCGUCAUCUAAGUUGUAUCUACAUAAGGUUUUUUUACUAUUUUCUAACUGUCAAAGCUAUGUAAGAGUGUGAUGGUUUCCAAAACCCUCCUGAUACACUUUUGCAAGUAAAACUGGGGAAGACAUCUGGCUAAUAAAUCUGCUUACAUAAUUAAUGAACAGUUAGGUGGCAUCAGGGAAAAUAAAUCCUAUCAUGACAUACGAAGUGCACAACGCUUCCUGUUGUACACUCCAGUACACAGCCAUGAUCCAUGUGCCUUUGCUUAACGCACAAUGAAAAAGACACUGUCUUUAUAUCUAUUUAUUGCUAAAACAAAUCCAAGAUAUUUUCCAUCUAGUUGUCAAAAAGCCUGAAAGAAUGAAUGUUGAUCAGCAAGACUUGAACUCUUGAGAUCUCUUUUGAUGUUAAAUUAAAAAUUAUCCAGCCUAGUCACAGAUACUCAUUUGAUCAUAUUGUUUUGAUUGUACUAUUUUAUUAUUGUAAAAAACCCCCAACAAACAAAAAACAAACCAUGAAAGCUUUACUGUGUAAAAUUGAUGCAAAUGUGAGGUAAGCAGAUAAAUAACUUCUUGUUCCCUUUAUGAUUUUAGAGAGAAUGUUGUUACACUGCUAUUGUUUUGUAUUGUAUUUACAAUGCAUUAUUUGCCUAACCCUGUAAAUUUUAAAGUGUAACUACUGUAACCUGUAAUAAAUAAAUAAAUAAAAA